CGUGGUUGAGAACGAAAGGGAGAAGUUCGAACAUGACGUCCGAGACAAAAGCAAUCCUCAUCCUAGGCGGCUCCUACGGGGGCAUCUCGACAGCCCAUUAUACGCUCAAGCACAUCCUCCCAGUCCUUCCCUCGCCGGAUUCGUACCAAGUCGUCAUCGUCAGCAGCUCGCGCGAGGUGAUGUGCCGACCUGCGGCUCCGCGGGCACUGAUCGCAGACUCGUAUUUUGACCAGUCGAAGCUCUUCGUCUCCUUGGAGGCGCAGUUCAAACCGUACGGGGAGAGGUUCCGAUUCAUUCAUGGGCGCGCGAAGUGGCUUGAUCAUGAGAGGCGCGUGGUAGUCGUCGACCGACUCGACGCCGACACCGAAGUCGAACUUGAAUACCAUGCUCUCAUCAUCGCGACGGGCUCGUCAACGCCCUCGCCUUUAUUCAGUCUAAAUUCGGCCGGGAAACCUGAGUUGACUGCCAAGUGGAAAUCAUUCCGGGACGCCCUACCUUCCGCGAAGCGUAUUGUAAUCGCUGGCGGUGGCCCGACGGGGAUCGAGACAGCAGGUGAGCUCGGAGAGCAUUUGAAUGGGAAGACGGGCUGGUUUAGUUCGAGAUCGGGUUCGCCAAAAGUGAGGAUUGUGGUUGUGACCGCUGGGUCAGAGAUCCUGCCCCAGUUACGACCAGCUAUCGCCCGCACAGCCGAGGGGUACCUGGCAAAGUUUGGGGUUGAAAUCCUCAAGAAUGUCAAGGUCGAGAGCGUGAUUCCAGUGGGUUCAGGGAAAGAGGAGCAAGUUACGGCAAAGACAGAGGUUAAGUUAAGCAAUGGUGAGACCCUGCAGGCAGACCUUUAUAUCCCUGCCCAUGGCACAACCCCGAAUACAAGCUUCCUCGACGGUUCCUUAAAGUCGGCAGACGGACGGGUGUCCACGAACCCGCAGAGCUUGCGCGUCGACAAGGCCGGAUCGCGCGUUUACGCGGUAGGUGAUGUGUCCGACUACGCCCGACCAGCAAUCCACAUCCUUAUGGAGGCGAUUCCCGUGCUGUGCGCGAACCUGAAGCGCGAUUUACUGGUAGAGGCGGAAGUACCAGUUCCCGGCGACGAUCGGCUGUUCAAGGCUGAUGAGACUGAGACGCAUCUUGUGCCCAUUGGCAAGAGCAAGGGCGUUGGGGCAGCCAAGGGGUACAGGAUGCCGAGUUUCCUUGUCUGGCUGAUUAAGGGACGGGAUUAUUGGUUGAGCAUGGCCGGGGGCAUUUGGGCUGGGAAGCCGUGGGCGAAGGAGACGUAA